ACCGGAGAGUCUAGAUCUCUUCUCUUCCACAACGAAGUUUGGUUCAUCACCGGCGAAUCCUUUCUCCGACGUCAUAAUGCCGUUUAAGACGGUGAUAGAAGUGGAGCCUCCGAGUCUGUUACGGUACUUGAUCGGAUCGGCGGUGAUGAUGAUCGGUGUUGUAUUACCGGUUGGUUACAUGAUGUUUCGCAACAAACGCGUCCCCUUCUCAUCUUCGUACUCUAAACAGACGUGGGGAAUCCAUGGUUGAUAGAUGAUCAAAAAUUAUAGUUGCUCCUCUUCGUUAAAGCUUGUUUAGGCUAAAAAUUGGAAGGAACAAAGUUUUGAUAUAGGGGGCCAGAGGCUGUGGUUGAUUUCAACACUAAAUUGAGAAGGAUGAUGACAUAUUGAUGAUUUGGACGACUGUAAAAUUAUGGGGGAAUUCUUGUUUUUACAUGGCUUGUAAGAGAUCUUUCGAUAUCAAAUUCAUAAACCAUAAAAUGUGAGUUAUUUUUCUCUUAUCUUCUUAUUUAGGUUAAUUCAAAGGUCUUUUAUGUACACAACCUCUUCUCUUUGGUGGAAAGAUAUCAUUCGAUGGCCAGAGUUUUCAUUAUCUACAGAUCUGUAUAAUACUGAGCUUUGCUCUUUCAUCUUCUUCUUGCUUUUCUUUGGUAAUUGAAAUGCUAAUGACGUGUUUAUAUUAGGAUUGAAUUCAAAGUUUCAAGACACUAAAAAAUAGUAGAUAUGGGAUUCAAUAGGUAGGAUUAGGGCAAUUACAAAAUCUGUUUAUAAGUAGCCUCGACUCUCAAGUAGAGACAUGCAUAAAUAAUUUUAAUAACUGAUUGAAGAUUUGGUCAGAUCUAACAAAAGAAAAACAACAGUGUGGUAUAUGUUGUUAGUGCAUAACGCCAUGUACUCAUUCCUCUUUCCAUCUUCCCAAUGCUUGUCCAACGCGGACUCUGUCUCCUUGUUUGACACAGAAUCUGUAAUCUGAAGAACUGCUUGAACCCUCGGGUGUGUUUGCGGUUGGUGCUUGAAAAAUGAGCACUACGGUUGAUCCCAUGUUGAA